UUCAUCUUUUUACCAUUUUAACAGAAAUUUUUUACUUGCAAAUUUUUACAACCUUUUUUGUAAAGAUGGGAAGAAUUCCAUGUUGUGAAAAGGACAAUGUGAAGAGGGGGCAAUGGACUCCAGAGGAAGAUCACAAGCUUUCAUCAUACAUUGCUCAACAUGGAACUCGUAAUUGGCGUCUCAUUCCUAAACAUGCUGGUCUACAGAGAUGUGGAAAGAGUUGCAGAUUGAGAUGGACAAAUUACCUUAGGCCAGAUCUCAAACAUGGCCAGUUUUCAGAGGCAGAAGAGCAGACCAUUGUCACACUUCACUCUGUUCUUGGCAAUAGAUGGUCUGUGAUUGCUGCUCAACUACCUGGCAGAACAGACAAUGAUGUCAAGAACCAUUGGAACACAAAGCUAAAAAAGAAACUAUCUGGUAUGGGAAUUGAUCCAGUAACUCACAAGCCCUUUUCUCACUUAAUUAGUGAAAUAGCCACAACAUUAUCUCCACCACAAGUCCCUCAUUUAGCUGAAGCAGCACUUGGUUGUUUCAAAGAUGAAAUGCUUCAUCUUUUGACCAAAAAAAGAAUUGGUUUUCAGUUUCAUCAACAAUUUGCAAAUAUGGAAAGUACUCCAAGUAAGGCACCAAGUACAAGUCAUGUGAAGCAUGAGGAGAAUAUUCAUUACAAAGAUGACACAAUUGAGAAAAUUAAGUAUGGAUUAUCAAGGGCUAUUAAGGAAAGUGAUAAGAAGUGGGACACUAAUGGAGGAGUAAAUUCAAGUCAUUUUCAUGAUAAUGGAGGAUUUAAUAACUAUAAUUUUGCUAAUUUGCUUAAUGAUGAAGAGGGUUCACCAUGGAACCAGAGUUUGUGUAGUGGAAGUACAUGCACUGCAGGGGGAGAAUUACGACAAAUAAACAAGAAAAUUAGCAAUGAGAAUUGUGAGGAUAGUGGAAAAGAAAUAGUAGUAACAAGAAAUGGAUCAACAACAAGUAUGUUCAAUUCUGAUUGUGUUCUGUGGGACAUUUCAUCAGAUGAUCUGAUGAAUCCAAUGGUUUGAAGAAUCAAUAGUGUAAUAGCGUGGACAAAGUUAUUCGUAUUUGUGCUAGUUGGAGGCAGCAGGUGUUCCGUGGAAUUAGUCAAGGUCCGUGCAAGCUGGCCUGGACACCACCGUCAUUAUAAAAAAGUUAUUGUAAUAGUGUGUUGAGUUAGUAGGCUAGCUAGAAGGCAAGAAUGUCAUUGUUAUCAAGUGAACAAAAAAAGAAAAAUGAAGUAAUAAAGAGAGAAUCUUAAAUGAAUGUCAUUCUUGAAUGGUUGUAACAAAGAUCAACCCAAUAUUUUACUACUCUAUUACGCGUUGUUGCAGUUGAUAUGACACUCUUCCUCGAGUUUGUCUUGAAAUGAAUGACAUCGACAUAUUUUUUAUAUUUAGCACUAAGGGUACUACCUUUCGGUGCGUAACAAAUCUUUUUUUUCUUAGAC